AUGCCGAAGCCGAAAUCCAUGUGCUCUAUAGAGCUUCAUUGUACUUUAUGUCCAAAAAACCCAAAAUUUUCUGAUGUCUCGCACUUACUCACACACAUGUCAUCCAAAGGACACCUCGCUCAUCGCUUUAAACUUCAAAUUAGGUCACAGAGUGAAGUGGAAGCAAAAGAACGGCUCGAAAACUUUGACUUCUGGUACCAUAAGAAUAAUCUCGACUCAUUGCUUUCUGAUCGCUUAGCAACUAAGGAACAAAAAAAGGGAAGAAGGUUUCGGACAUCUUCAUGCUCCGUUUCUAAAAGUAGAAGAAAUUCACAAUCUGACAGACAAAAUUCUAUACCCGACGAGCAAAACUCUUUCCGGGCACCUAUCCCUCGAAUGCAUCUAUGGCCAACUGCCAUGGAUGAUGCAGAGAAUAUCAAUGACAAUAACUGGGAGUCUGACAUGCAUGAAACAAUCUCAAGUGAAGAAAUACCUGUUUCGAUACUUGCCCAAGAAUGCCCGGAAAACCUUGAUCCGCAACUCAAUGCUCUUUGGAGACCAACUAUGGAAGUAGAUGAGAAAAGUAUCGAUGAGUAUGAUCGUUUAACAGACUGUGCGAAGCUGAAGGGGGUUUUAUGGCCCGGAAUGGAUCUCUUUGAUUCUGCAACCCUGGAACAAAAAAGGAUGAGAAAUCAAAGAAAAGGCAAUGACGUUUUGGCAGAUAUGAUAUACACUUCAAGACAGGUAGAGCCGGCAGAAGUUAGCUAUCAUGCCUCUGGUGAAUUCAGAGCAUCUAGAGAUAUUUUUGGCCCACUUUCAGGAGAUGAUAGUCCAGUUAAGAAUCCAACACCAAAAAAGCGGAAACCAGUCCGAAAAGCCUCGGCUCUUGGAGAUUUGAGCACAAAUGCGCCGCGUAUACGAGCCACACGCGCCAAAAAGUGUCACAAACAAACCUCAUCUCCUAAGAAGCAUUGUGGUCUUGCGACAGUUCAGUUUCAACAAGGCUUGAAUCCUUUGACAACCGGGCUUUCGUGCAAUCGCAAUUUGCAGCCUACAACAGAGGAAGAUGAAGAGUUUCGCCUAACAUUAAGCGAGGCUAUGAACGGUAAAAAGCGUGUUUUCAGCAUCUUUCAGGAUACACCUGCAAACAGUCCCGAAGGUCGGACAGAGAGCCCUUUGCAAGAUCAUCAGUUUGACUUUGCAACUUCUUUGGAUCUAGAAGAUACGUUUGUUAAUGAUCGAACUAGCCGAAUUCAAGAACAAGCUAUUGGUCCCUUUUCUAGUCAAGUUGGCGUACUAUCCAAUAUUAUGCCGACAUCACCAAGUCCUAUUUCCAUUCCAUCGCAAAAUCAAUUUUUCUGUUGCAAGGAGAACUGCCGACCCGACACACAGACUACUUCUGCAGGCCCACGAAGUUUAUCCUCUUCUCAUGUCUAUUUACCGCAACUAUGUUAUGACCCAUUGAUGAACCCCCUUUAUCAUCAUGGUUAUUCUCGAUCAUAUUCAUGUGCCUCUCAAGUCAGCAAUCCUGAAAGCAAGUCUGUGAAAUCUCCUGCCUUUGAUGGUGACCUUCAGAUACCUAAUCCACUGGCCAAUUUCCAAGAUAACUUAAUUGGCUCUCAAAAAAAAACCGUUUCCGACCUACAGUACGAAUUAUGA